AUGACACCGUACCGUGAGCCACCCCCUAUCGCACAUCACUUGAACCGACCGCGACCUCAGGCUACACCAUCGCCGGUGCCACGUGACAGCGACAAGGUCGGUGUGUCGAUACCAACAGACGCGGUCGACUCUCCUCGAUGCCGAAGCAGCCCGACGGUGCUGCACUCACAGAUACGGCAUCUUCAGCGACAGUUGAGCGCGAGAGUGGACGAAUCAACGCAGCUCAGGCGUCAGCUCGAGGCGCAGCAGAAUGCCGAGGUGGGCACACUCAGCGAGCAACUACGGGUGGCUACCAGAGAUGUGUCUAUGUGGAAGGAGCGGGCUGAGUCCGCGGAGAAGAGAGUCAAGGUGUUUGAGAAGUUUACAGUCAAGCUGAGGGACAUUCGAGACACGCUCUUUGCUGAGCGGCGUACGGAAGGCGCACGAGGCGCGAGAGGUCAACCAGGUCCUGUGACAGAUGACGCUGCAGACAAGCUGAAGACGUCGGUGGAUGGCCGUGAUCCCGACGCGACUGUGAUGGCGGAGAGGAGCGGCAGCAGGGGGGCGAGGGCCAGCGAGGACUCGGGCGAUGCUGCAGACGUCGGAGUCGUGUCCGCAAGGAUAAGGAAAUGCUUGCACGGACCAUCGCCGGGGGCGGUGCACGACGGGACGGUAGACGACUCGACCCCUGCGCAGUCGGUGGUCACCAGGGAUGGCACUUGGAGUCCGCAGGGGCGGUGUGAGGCCGGCGUCGAGGGUGCUGCGGCGCAAAUGUUGUUGCUGGCAGAGGAGCUGCUGGACAUGGUUGACGGGGGCAGGGUCCAAGGUGAUGGGAUCGGCUAUUAG